AUGUCAUCAUCGUGGAUCCACACGCUGGCUUCCAGCCUUCUUUUGACUAUGAUGGUCAUAAGGACUGCUAUUGCCAAAGAGAAUUUCAAGUUGCGGCCCUUCGAAAUCGACCUCUCCGACAGAGUACCUCGAAUGAUCCGUCAGAUUCAGGAAUCUCACCUUCCCCAGACGCCUGUGUAUACAGAUACCGGGACAUCUGCAGGCAUCACCCUAAGUGACUUGAAGUCUUUCAAACAACAAUGGUUGACAAGCUUUGAUUGGAAUCAAGAGCAAACCUCUUUGAACAAGUACUGGACUAUGAGGAACUACGCCACCUUUGGCACGGAUUGGGGCAGUGGCGUUGCAUAUACCCUGUACGAUCAGUGGAAUACGACUGUCAGGGCAGCACAUCUAGACUUCCUCCCAUUCUACCCAUUGAGCGCUAUCGAGUUGGCCGCCGAGAACAUCACUCUCACAGGGCUGGAGGAUUUUGAAGAGGAUGUGACUAUUACAUGGAGUAACUCAGGGACUGGAUAUUUCAGUGAGCAGACCACAAAGGUAUCGGAAAUCUUGCCCUCUUAUCCUAAGGUGCACAUGGGAGGAAAUGACUAA